CUGCGAUGUUAACGAGACCUUGCUUCAUGUCAAGACAUACCACAAGUGCACAAGCAAGCAAACCAGCAAGCAACCCAGGUAUCAUGCAAGCAACGUCGUCACUCACGCUCUUCCUCCACUCUCUUCUCGCUGCCCUUGAUAGCCGUGGUACAGCAGGGAUGAUAUCAUGAGGAGCAUAUUCCUUUGUAUUCCCUGACGACUCGAGCCACUGCACGCAGCACGCUUCGACUCAGCAGAGCAUGACAGCGCACAAGCACCUCCCACACUGCGCCAACUUCUUCGUUUGCGAAAGCAAAGAUACAGAGUCAGUCACCACACGCACACACGCGCGCAGCGCCGAUGACCUGUCUCGUUCGAAGAAAAUAACAUUCGUGUUGCUACCGCGUUCUUCGUUCGCUGCGAACACAUUCACACAAUCAGCUGUUGUGCUGUCAACGCAGCAACGCCAGCCACAACAGAAACGCCCCCCCCCCGACCACACCCUUCACUUUCUUCCACGCUCCACGACAGCUGCAGCAACAGCAUCGCCCUCCUCGCCAGCGGUUUCGUCGACAAGAACACCCACCCCCAACACCACAGCCAGAGCUCUCGCGCCCACACACACACACACACACACACACUUCACGUGUACUGCACACCACAGCGCGCGCGCGUUGACUGCAGCUACAAGCGAAGCCGAGCAGCUGUACAUCUUCUGGCCCCAUGCGACAGGUUUGCUCACGUCGCCAAUACCCUUGCUACCCGCAAUCGUCGUUCAUAAGCGUCACAUUUGGACGCAAUCGCCGCAUCAAGGACCACCCCGGCUUGUCUUAACACCAUGAGCUUUACAAGAGGCACAGAUCCACCAGCAUCGCACUUUGGCGCGUUCACACUCGGCAUCAAUGGUGGCGAUGACCUGUGCAUCGAUUUGACUUGCCCACACCCAUUGGCAGCGGGUGAUGGUAACGGCGAUGGCGGUGAUGGUGACGGCAAACGGGGUGGUGUGCUGCCCCCUCCAGCGCCACGCCCCCAGCAGGAGGCUUUGCAGCAACAACAGCAGCUGAUACACCUGCUGUUGUUGCUACCUCUGCUCCAACAUGUGCAACAACCACCACAACAGCAACAACAGCAGCAGCAGCAGCGAAAUGUGCAGCAACACCAACACCAACAACAACACCAGUGAUUUCUGGCCCUCCUCCUCUCCUCUCGUUAGCAGUUGAUGAAUCAUGCCCGUUUCUUUGUGUGUGUGUGUGAGUGUGUGUGUGUGUUUGUGUGUUCCUUUAUGUGCAUUCACUCGUGUGCAUUUAUUCGUGUUAUCUUACUGAUGCUUCCUCCGAAAGGUCUCUUGUCUCUAGCAUGUUAUGUUAUGUUAUGUGUGGCGUCACUUGCGUUCUCGUGUUCGCCCCAGCCCAUCUUUCUUUAUGCGACAUGUUUUCUCCUCUCAACGCGACGUUCAAGCGCGCAAGAGUGCACACAGCGCCGCGCACACCCACCAGCAAUUGUGUACGUCUUCCAAAGCACACACACGCACAUCCACACACACACACACAUCCGCACACGCACACGCACACACACAUCGACACACA